CGUCUGCAAAUAGCUUCAAGAAGAGACGGGAUAUCUAAAGGUCAAGAUAAUCAACUAUCAAGAGUUUGUUCUGACCGAGGUGCGCCCUUCUACCAUCACAGAUGUGAUGCGUCCACGGCAAGUGCAGAUGACCUGCAGGAAGGUUGCCACGGCAAUCCCGAGCUUGUCCAGAGACAUCAGCAGCCAUCUCUGUUCACGGUUUCAACUCCAUCUUCCUGCCAGUUGAGUAGAUUCAUGUGUUUCACGAUGUUUACUCGGCUCGGUCUAUACCUCCUGGCCCUGUUCUCUCCCACCCGUGGCGAUACCAUCCACCACCGAACUUAUUUCUACGUUGGAGGAAACUACUCAAUCACCGACAAUGGCGAGCAUAUUUACAGCAAUCAGAUAUAUGUCGAAAAAUUGACGCCCGCACAAGUCACUCAGCCAUAUCCGAUAGUGUUUGUCCAUGGUCAGGCUCAGACAGCGACAAAUUGGUUGAACAAACCAAACGGCCAGCCAGGAUGGGCAUCAUACUUCCUUGACAAGGGCUACGAAUGCUACCUCUUGGAUCAGCCGUUCCGCGGCCGCAGUCCCUGGCAAUCCUUCAGCAGUCCACUGGAGACAUACUCGGCCGAACACCUGCAACGAUACUUCACCGCGCCUGAGCGGUAUGAGUUGUGGCCACAGGCAUCGCUGCACACCCAGUGGCCUGGGUCUGGGGUCAUGCACGAUCCCAUCUUUGAUUCCUACUAUGCCAGUGCUGUGCCGUUUGUUAGUGAUAAUGUGCUGCAGCAAACUGCCAUGCGCGACGCGGGCGCCGCCUUGCUGGAUCGAAUUGGCCGGCCAGUUAUUCUGAUAGCUCAUUCCCAAGGUGGAACCAUGGCGUGGCUACUGGCCGACCAACGAUCCAAUCUGGUUCACUCGAUUGUCUCCAUCGAGCCUGGUGGUCCUCCGUUCAGCAACGCAAUGUUCGGAAACACUUCUGCUCGAGCAUACGGGCUGACUGACAUCCCGAUUGCGUACUCGCCGCCAGUGUCGGACCCGAGCACAGACUUCUCCACCACUAUUCUUCCGUCCAACUCGUCAAUUCUAGCGGACUGCAUCAUUCAGGCGGACGAUCCGCCUGCGCGGCAACUGGCGAACCUGAGCAAAAUUCCCGUGCUACUAGUGACGACGGAAGCAUCGUACCAUGCGCCGUAUGACUGGUGCACAGUAAGGUUCUUGCAACAAGCCGGCGUACAGGCAGAGCACAUGCAAUUGUCAGAAAUCGGCAUUCACGGCAAUGGUCAUAUGGUGUUUCUGGAGGAGAACAGUGACGAGGUUGCGGCUGUUAUUCAUGACAGGAUUGGACAGUCCGAUGUGGAUGGGAAAGCUGAGCUUUGAUGAGGUCUUACCGUGCGUCGAGGAAGGCGAUGCUCAAGGUAGCCCUGUGAUCUUCAUGUGAACAGUGCCCGUCUUCUCUAUGCCCAGCUAGUCAUGUUAUGGCCAUGCAAAUCACGAAGUUAUCUUUCGCCUAAAUUCAUAUCCGCGGGUGAGGGCCAGCAUUGAUACCUUAGGCAGAGCGAGGUGC